AUGGCUCCCCAAAUCAACUACAGAGCCUCCUCUUCUUUCACUCCCCAAUUCACCUAUGAUGUUUUCUUAAAUUUCAGAGGUGAAGAUACCCGCUAUAAUUUUACAGGUUAUUUAUAUCAAGCCUUAUGUGAUAAGGGUUUUAACACUUUUAUCGAUGAUGACCUUCAGAGAGGAGAAGAAAUUUCAACAAAACUUCUUAUAGCUAUUGAAUUGUCAAUGAUUUCGAUUAUUGUGUUCUCUGAAAAUUAUGCAUCUUCCAGUUGGUGCUUAGACGAACUUGUAAAGAUUCUUGAAUGCAGGAAUAAUGGACAGUUAGUUCUACCUAUAUUUUACAAAGUAGAUCCGUCAGAAAUACGUAAACCAAAGGGAAAGUUUGGAGUAGCGCUAACUCAGCAUGAAGAAAAUUCAAAGGAUAACAUGGAGAGGGUUCACAAGUGGAGGACAGCUUUGACUAAAGCAACUAAUUUGUCUGGGUUGCAUUACAAGGAUGGUUCUAUUGAAUCUGAAACUAAAUUUAUCCAGAGAAUUAUUAGAGAGAUAUCAAUUACAAAAUUGAAUCACACUCAGUUAUUUGUUACCAAACACCCAGUUGGAAUAGAUUGUCGUGUGGAUGCUAUAGAAUUGCUUUUAGAUAUGGACUCAAAUAACGUUCGAAUGGUAGGGAUUCAUGGUAUUGGAGGACUAGGUAAAACUACAAUUGCAAAGGCUAUUUAUAACAGAAUCACUAAUUUUUUUGAAUUGAGUUGCUUUCUAGAGGAUGUCAAAGAAAAGUCAAGAACACAUGCUGACAUAAUCAAUCUACAAGAGAUGCUUCUUUCUAAGAUCUCACAGGGCACAUAUGUAAAGGUAGACAGCAUACCCAAAGGAAUUAUUAUGAUAAAGGAAAUGCUUUCUUGUACAAGACUUCUUUUAAUUCUUGACAAUGUGGAUGAGUCAGAAGUGAUGGAAAAUUUGCUUGGAGAAUGUGAUUGGCUUGCUUUAGGAAGUAGAGUCAUCAUAACAACAAGAGACAAACAAGUGCUUAAUACUUUUGGAAAAGAUCAUCUAAUUUAUGAGCUUAAUGGUUUAAAUCAAUUUGAAUCUCGUGAACUUUUCAACCUGCAUGCAUUCCCGAAAAUUGAACCUGAAAAAGAUUAUUCAGAAGUUGCAAAGCAAAUCAUACAUUAUGCCAAUGGCCUUCCAUUAGCUCUUAAAGUAAUAGGUUAUGAUUUGUGUGGAAAAAGUAUAUGUGAUUGGAGAAGUGCGUUAGAAAAGUAUAAAAACAUUCCUCACAAAAAAAUUGUGGAAAAGCUCAAAAUAAGUUAUGACGGACUUGAAAAGACCGAAAAGGAUAUUUUUUUGGAUAUUGCAUGUUUCUUUAAGGGAUUCGAUAGGAGUUAUGUAGAGAAUAUAUUAGAUGCUUGCAAAUUAUAUCCAGGUUAUGGAAUUGGAAAACUUAUUGAUAAGUGUCUCAUAACUGUUGAUCAAUCUGGCAAGUUGUGGAUGCAUGACUUGCUUCAACAAAUGGGGAGAGAAAUUGUUCAACAAGAAUCAAAAGAGCUCGAAAAACGUAGCAGGAUAUGGUGUUUUGAGGAUGCUGAAGAAAUACUAACUACAAAUAUGGGCUCAAGUAAAAUUCGGGGCAUUAUGUGCUGCUCACCUCAACUGCUGACAAUGCCAAUAGAAGCCAAAGCUUUUGAAAAGAUGAAGAAUCUCAAAUUUCUUAUAGUUCGUAAUGUACAAAUUUGUGAAGAACUCGAAUAUCUCUCCAACGGGUUAAUGUUGCUUCAAUGGCCUGAAUUUCCAUUUUCUUUGCCAUCUAACUAUUAUCCUCGACAACUUGUUGGACUUGAAAUGCCACAUAGUCUUAUUAGAUUGGAGACAACAUUCAAAUUGGAAAUCCAGCUAAAAUAUUUAAAAUAUAUCAAUCUCAACCACUGUGAGUCCAUUACAGAAUUACCCAAGUUUUGUACCCCAAGCCUAAAAGAAUUGUACCUUUCCCAUUGUAAAAAUUUAGUUAAGAUUCAUGAGUCGGUUGGAUUUCUUGAUAAGCUUGAGAGAUGGGAUCUCGAAGGUUGUGGAAAACUUCAAAUUCUUCCAAACUACCUCAGGUUGAUAUCUUUAGAUUAUAUCAAUCUCAGAUAUUGUGAAUCCAUUAUAGAAUUACCGAAGUUCUGCACCCCAAGCCUAAAAAAAUUGUAUCUCUCCCAUUGCAAGAAUUUAGUUAAGGUUCAUGAGUCGGUUGGAUUUCUUGAUAAGCUUCAAAGAUGGAGUCUUCAAGGUUGUGAAAAACUUCAAAUUCUUCCAAACUACCUCAAGAUGAUAUCUUUGAAAUACAUCAAUCUCAACAACUGUGAGUCCCUUACAGAAUUACCUGAGUUCUGUACCCCAAGGCUAAAAGCAUUGUAUCUUUCCUAUUGUAAAAAUUUAGUUAAGGUUCAUGAGUCGGUUGGAUUUCUUGAUGAGCUUCAGAAAUGGGAUCUCCAAGAUUGUGGAAAACUUCAAAUUCUUCCAAACUACCUCAAGAUGAUAUCUUUGAAAUAUAUCAAUCUCAACAACUGUGAAUCCAUUACAGAAUUACCUGAGCUCUGUACCCCAAGCCUAGAAAACUUGCUUCUUUGCAAUUGUAAAAAUUUAGUUAAGGUUCAUGAGUCAGUUGGAUUUCUUGAUAAGCUUCAGAAAUUGGAUCUCCAAGAUUGUGGAAAACUUCAAAUUCUUCGAAACUACCUCAAGAUGAUAUCUUUGAAAUAUAUCAAUCUCAACAACUGUGAAUCCAUUACAGAAUUACCUGAGUUAUGUACCCCAAGCCUAAAAGAAUUAUACCUUUCCCAUUGUAAAAAUUUAGUUAAGGUUCAUGAGUCGGUUGGGUUUCUUGAUAAGCUUCAGAAAUGGGAUCUCCAAGAUUGUGGAAAACUUCAAAUUCUUCCAAACUACCUCAAGAUGAUAUCUUUAAAAUACAUCAAUCUCAGCUACUGUGAGUCCAUUACAGAAUUACCUGAGUUCUGCACCCCAAGCCUAAAAAUAUUGUAUCUUUCCCAUUGUAAAAAUUUAGUUAAGGUUCAUGAGUCGGUUGUAUUUCUUGAUAAGCUUCAAAGAUGGAGUCUUAAAGAUUGUGAAAAACUUCAAAAACUUCCAAAUUACCUCAAAUUGAUAUCUUUAAAAUAUCUCAAUCUCAACAACUGUGAGUCCAUUAUAGAAUUACCCGAGUUUUGUACCCCAAGCCUAGAAAAGUUGUAUCUUUCCCAUUGUAAAAAUUUAGUUAAGAUUCAUGAGUCGGUUGGAUUUCUUGAUAAGCUUGAGAGAUGGGAUCUCGAAGGUUGUGGAAAACUUCAAAUUCUUCCAAACCGCCUCAGGUUGAUAUCUUUAAAAUAUAUCAAUCUCAACAACUGUGAGUCCCUUACAGAAUUACCUGAGUUCUAUACCGCAAGCUUAAAAAAAUUGUAUCUUUCCCAUUGUACCCUAAGCCUAAAAAGAUUGCAACUUUCCCAUUGUAAAAAUUUGGGUUCCCUGUGUUCCAGGAGCAAUAAAAAUAUAAUUGAAUUAGAUUUUUUGAUGAAACCCGAGUACUUCCCCUUAUUGAAUUUUCUAGAUCUAUCUGAAACGAAUAUUGUUAGCAUCCCUGAAAGCCUAAGCAGAUUUGCUAAUUUAGCGGUCCUUCGUAUACGAAAUUGCAAGCAGCUUCGGGAAAUUCCAAGGCUUCCCCAAUCUGUGCGAGAUGUGGAUGUAAGAAAUUGCUAUUCGUUGAAUGCACAAUCAUCAAGCAGAUUAUUGAAUCAGAUUGUAGAAAUUUCAGGGAUUUUACCAAAUAGAGCUCGCAAGGGAACAAGAAGCAGGAUAUUAAUGGAUCCACAAACAUCUAAACCUGAAGAUGAUUAUUUUGGAAUUAGACUACCAGGAACUGAGAUUCCAAAGUGGUUAAACUUAAACCAUGAGAGUGAUGGAAAUGUCAUAUCAUUUUGGGUUGGUCGCACAUUUCCAAAUAUUUUUUAUGUCUGUUUUGCUUUUGGACCGGUAAAAUAUCCAUGGCCGUCUUGGUGUUAUGUUGACCUUUCCAUCAAUGGUUGUAAAAAAAAAGAACAUUAGAUCAACUUAUCUAUAUGAAUUAUCCGACCAUCUGUGGAUAUUUUCUUAAUCUAAUAACGAAUUACAGAACCAAUUGAAUAGGUCAAACCCAUCUGAACUAAAUUACGUUGAGGUAAUAUGUGAAAUGGAAGAUUGGGUUAAAAACCAUCCAAGAAGGUGGGGGGUCGGUGUAGAGUGCAUCUGUCAAUGGGCUUCCAACAAUGGAGGAGGUUCCAGACAUCAAUGCCGACAGUACCUUCCAACUGCAACGCUUAUGUCCAGGGCUUUGAGGGAAAUGGAAGAGAUAGAUCCCAGGGCUUUCAACAAUGGAGCAGAAGAUUCAGGGCUUUCAAUCGCCCACACUUAUGUUAAUGAUGGUUCCAACUCCAAGUUAUAUCCACCAUCAAAGAAGGCAAGAAAACCUUGGUCGAACAACAAGAAGCUUAUUGUUGCAGAAAAAAUCAUGAACAACUCUAAUCAAACAUAUGGUGGGCAAUCCAUUAAUAUUUGUACACAAGAAAAAGAUAUUGUAGCAACCAGCAAAACUUGAAUUAAGAUGAAAGACAGCGACUUACAGAGAAAAAAGUUGAUUAACCUUCAAGGACACUUUCACUAGACUCCUGCCAAUCACCUAGCUCUUCAGCACUUUCCUCGUACUCACUUGACUCCUCACAGUUAGAGUUACCCUGGGCCAUAAAUUCUGUCAGCCUUUCAAUCCUUUUUGGGUAAGGUUCAUAAUUAGAGCUUCCAGCCCCAUCACAGUCAUCAUGGAUUCGCUUGGCUUUGUAACCUUCCGCUGCCGCUGCCAUCGAAUUGUCAAAAUUAUGAUGGGUGAUGCUGUUAUUGCUUCUCUCAGCCAUAGUUCUCUGUUCUGGUAUUUUGAUGACCUCAUACUGGAUGACUUCUCUACAGAUGUAAGUCUUUUCUUUGGUAGUUGAUGUCCUUAUUUUGUAGACAUUAGAAUGAAUCACUAUAUCUGCAGCAAUGAACAAGUCUUCUAUCCCUUUGAAGACUAUAGCUCUGUAACCAUUUCAUGUCUCACCUACUUGCAAAUCCUUUGUGAAUAAAUUUAGGAUUACCUCCGAUUAGUUUUAUUAUGGUAAUUUUCUAUGGUUCUUUGGCAUUCUCUUACUUAUUUCACUUUGAGUUACUGAUAUGUACAAAUUCAAUUUUGAAUACAUAUAUAUAGACACACAUAAAGUAUCACCUUGAGAACGUAUUAUUAGAAUGCCUUGUUGAGAAAAGUGAACAUUGUUCAUCAGCAAAUAGUUAUGCUUGUAUAUCCUGUACAAACAAAUAGUUAACUUUCUUAUAAAUAAAAAUACUGUGGAGAAGAAGUCACUUAUUACCAAUGUGUUAUAGCUCAUUUGGUACUUCCUCCUCCAAUAAUAAUGGAAUGGAGGGUGAGGUCAUGGUUUCAAUAGGAGAAAAGGAUGAACCUGAACUGCAGCUCCAAGAGCAACAACUUCAUUAGGAUUUUCAGUCACAUUGGGCUCUUUUCCAGUCAUCUUCCUCACCAGUUCCUGAACAGCUGGGAUGCAAGUUGAAUCACCAACGAGGAUUACUUCAUCUAUAUCUUUGAAGGAAAGCUUUGCAUCACUCAAGACAGUUUCAACUUGUCCUCGGAAGACAAGCAAGCUCUACGUCUCACUGAGAGUGCUGAGAAAGUGAAAAUGGAGCUGUCGUCUUUGACCCAGACCAAUAUUAGUUUACCUUUCAUUACCUCCACUGCAAAUGGCUCAAAACACAUUGACACCACUCUGACAAGGGUCAAGUUUGAAGAAUUGUGUUGAAAUUUAUUAGACAGGCAGGCGAAGCAGCAGUGCGUUCAUUAAUAAUUUGCAGAACAUCUAACGCUGCAAUGUGGCCUGCAUCUUUGGUCGCCAUCCUUCACAAAUCAUUGGAGUACGCAGGCAUGUGAUCACUGUUUUGCUCACCUUAUCAUUCAGAAACUUGGAUGCAUCCUCCACAAGCUUCCUCAAGACCAGUGCAGAUAUCUCCUCUGCUGCAAACUGCUGGACUAUGGUUGGACACUCAAGCUUCACAUUGCCAUUCUCGUCAAACACAACCUUUUCAAAAUACUCAUUCAUUUACUAGAUCAGUUCAAGCAAUUCCAUAUUAUUGGACUAUGAUUUUUCAGGUAAAUGUCCUUUUAAAAAAUUUUAUGCCAUUCACAAUACACGUUUGAUUAAAUGUCAAAAAUUCUUAAUCAUAAUUACUAGGGCAUAGUGGUACAGCUGCAGAAUUUAGGCACUAGUUUCUAGUUGGAAGAUGCAAGAACUGUGGUUUCACUUUCAAGUUUGAUUGGUGCCUUGGAUCCGCACAAUCAUUCCUAGAAUGUUCACUGAUGGGAUUUUCACCAUGUAUUGCAACCCAUGAUGUAUCUAUGCAAGCAUUGUUCAAUCUGAUGCAGAGCUUCUUAAUGAUGUUGCAUGUUCCGCUGUUCUUAACCCCUUGAAGAAUCAGGACAGGGCCAGGGCAGCUGAUAGUGCAGUGAGGUAAUUGCUUUAAAAAAUUACGCAAUGUGCAAGCAAUGCAUAUCUUGACAUCUAAGAAAGAUUAUCCAGCACCAUUGUUUUCUCCUUGAUAAGUGUCUCAGUGAACAUUUGCUUUUUUAGCCCGUGUGAAGCAUGAGUCUCAAAAAACUUGCAGCCAUCGGGCUCCCUCUUUGGUACACAUUCCCUGAAGAGCACCUAUCAAAGUUAAAAGAGUUGUAGAGAAAGUGGAAAAGCUGAAAUUGAAGUGCCUACAGUAUAUAGCAGCAAGUCAGUGGUAAAUAUUAUUUAUCAUUGAGAUUCCCAAGCUCGAUGAAUUGCUUAUUGAUUUAGUUGGGAAUUCAACUAGUGCAUCAAGGGCAUUUAAUUGGCUACAAAAAAUUCUAUGAUCCUGACUCUAUUCUAUAAGUAAAGUGACACACACAUAUCUCUCUCAUUCAAACUUUUUGCUGCAAAUUCAAGAAGGAAUAUAUUGCUGAACUUCAGAGCUAGGGGUCGACGUUGAUCAGUAAUUCCCGAGUAGAGCCACACUUCUUUCUUUUCUUUUCUUUUUUGGGGGGGGGGGAGGAAAAAAGUAGAGCCAUACCUGACUCUUCCUGUACAGUGGAUCCUUGGGUGCUGGAAAUGACCAAUACUUUUCUUUUUGUAUUGAGGAGUUUGUUCAGAUGAAGAAAAUGUGAAUAUGUUCAACACCAUAUAUGUUAGGUUUGCAAUUUGAAUGUUGUUGUUUGUGUCUAGGAUAUGCGAUUCUUUAAAUAUCUGUAAAAACAUGAAAUUCUUAAUCUUGUUAGUUUGUAUUUAUUUUUA